AUGGCUGCUGGGAGAAUCAUUCAUUUCUUGUUCGUGUUUAUCCUGACAGUAGCAGCCCCACUUGACGUUAAUGGAAUUUCAAUCACCGAGAUCGACGACUUGGCCCGAGACACCAGGACCAUAAGGGCAGUCCUUGGCCCCGCCUACCCUGCACCUGACGUCUACUGGUACUGUGGAGAAGAACAGUUUGCUGGGAAUGUCAGCUCUGUCUGUGAUGAGACGUGCACGACGACGAGCGUUGUCAUCAUACCUGCACCCAAUAGAACGACCACGUGUAAGGUGCGGGUUCAGCACGUUACUCUCGCGGCGGUAUUUGAGAAGGAUUUUACUCUGCGUGUUGUAGUUCCAACCACCAUCCAACCCGACGAAACAACUAUAACUGUGUCUAGAAGUACUGAAGUAGAUACAAGGGAAACGUUGAACACCACGCCGAGUUCAUCUGUGGAGCCGUUGCAAUCUUCAGAACAACCAUCGCAAUCUGUAACACACCCGACUACGGCACAACUACCACAUUCGUCGAGUCCAGCCAGUAUAUUGGAUACGUUAAAGGACCCAGUAGUGAUCGUUGGAAUAUCAUUCGGUUCCAUUAUCAUUAUAAUAAUCAUAAUCGCAGUAAGCUGCAGAUUCUGCGGCCGGAAGAAAACAGCAGCAGUCGCAGAAAUAGGUCUUGACGUCUUGCACUCUCUCCGGAAAGGGGACGAAGUAGCAGUUAAGAAUAUGGGGAACGAUGCUGAAAUAUCUAUGGAUUUGGCCGUAUUUGAAAGGGCAGUAAAACCGUCUUACUGUGAAGUAAAAUUACCGAGGAAAGGAGACCGUUUAUUCAAGGUUAGCGUCAACAAACUGGUGGCUUUGAAUUCAACCUCACCAAGUGAACUGAAGAUUGGUAUGAGUGUUGUAGCCCUUCAUCCACUGGUGUGGCGUUUUUUCGAAGGAAAUAUUCAGGGAAAGGUCGGAGAGGACAAGUACAGCAUUCGGUUUAAGGGAGAGGAAGCUGAAGACCACAUGGUGGACUUGAAAUACAUUCUGGACGUGGGAUGUAUCAACUGA